CUCCCCCUCCUUUUUAUUAGACCCAACAAAGCCUAAACAAAGUAAAACCUCGCCCACCCUGGCUCCUCUCAAACCAGACAGGCUCUAACACUUUGCCCAAUCGGUUCAUGCCUCACGCCCAGUCGACCACAUCCUCUCGAUCUCGCCUUACCAUCUCGCGUUUCGCCUCGGCUGCCCCUGCGUCUGCGACGGUCGACUUGAGCAGCAGCUUCAUCAUCGUCAAGGAGGCCGUGCUACUCCUUCUCCAUCUCGCCAUCUUCUUGUCAGCGUCGACCAGCGAACCCUGAGUCCGCCGUGUCCCUCGCCUCGCGUGAGUCCGUCCAGACCCUAUACGUCACGCAGCGACCACCUUUCCCCUCGCUUUGCCAGUGCGUUGAUUGUGAUUAUAUUAAAAGAAUGAUUCGUCUGUCCCAGUAGCAAUUGAAGAAGUCAUCUGCCAUUACAUGCAGAUUCUAUGACCGUAUGUGAAAUUGUGUUGUUACACUGGCAGGAGAUGAAGCACUUUCUUGUUCUAAGGAUUUGGUUGGGUGACUUAAGAGUUUAUUGCAAUGAUGAGCCUUUUUUGGGUGAUUGUAUGCUGAGCAUUGUGAGGUCAUAACUCAGAACUUGGUUUAUCUAUUAGGAAGCUUAAAAAAAAAUUACUUUAGAUUUCCAUAUUAUUGAGGAUAGGAAGACUAUUUGUAAGCUUGAUAGGGAUUGCAUGAGUGAGCGAGGAAGAUGCCAGAAAUCGAGCUGUUAUAAUUAAGUUUCCACUGUUGUAUUUUAGUUUAUUUUGGAGGGGACUGCAAAGGUAUACUAUUUUCUGGUCUUUCUAAAUGUUGUCCAGAAACAGAACAUUGGGGGCCCAGAUGUAGGAUUGGGACAAGUUAAAAACUUGAUGAUGAGGCCCCAAAAAUUUGUUCUUUCUCUGUUACCAAAAUGCAAAAAUAUGUGUCAGUUGAACCAGUUGCAUGGGAUGAUGGUCACAACAUCAAUGAUCAAAAGUAUUAUCCCCAUAAGCAAGCUGAUUGACUUCUGUGUAGAUUCGAAGUCUGGGGACAUGGAUUAUGCAAGCUUAUUGUUUCGCCAUGUUGAUGUCCCCAGUGUUUACAUUUGGAACUCCAUGAUAAGAGGUUAUGCUAAUAGUUCCAAUCCAAGAGAGUCUAUACUUCUUUACAGACAGAUGAUACAAAAUGGAUAUCCACCUGAUCAUUUUACUUUCCCUUUUGUACUCAAAGCAAGUUCAGCAAUUGCUGAUCAAGAUUUUGGAAAAUGCAUUCAUAACUGCAUGGUGAAGUCUGGGUUUGAAGAAGAAGCCUAUGCAACAACAUGUUUACUCCAUAUGUACGUGUCAUGUGCAGAUAUAAAAUCAGGGUUGAAAGUGUUUGAUGCUAUUCCCAAGUCAAAUGUUGUUGCUUGGACUUGUUUGAUUGGUGGUUAUGUUAAUAAUAAUAUGGCUGGUACGGCUAUAGAUGUGUUUAAAGAGAUGGAUCAUUGGAGAGUAGAGCCUAAUGAAAUCACCAUGGUGAAUGUUUUGAUUGCUUGUGCUCGUAGUAGAGACAUAGAUACUGGGCAGCAUGUCCAUGAUCGGAUCCGUAAAUCUGGCCAUGAUCCCUUUAUGUUGAUGUCUAAUAGUAAUAUAAUUCUUGCAACUGCCAUGCUCGAAAUGUAUGCCAAGUGUGGUAGCUUGAGGAUUGCAAGGGAUUUGUUCAAUAAAAUGCCUCACAAAAAUAUUGUUGCUUGGAACACUAUGAUCAGUGCCUACAAUCAGUAUGAGAGGUACGGGGAGGCAUUAAAACUCUUCUUUGAUUUGUGGAAUGCUGGCUUUUGUCUUGAUAAGGCUACCUUUCUUAGUGUCUUGAGUGUUUGUGCACAUCUUUGUGCACUAUCAUUGGGACAAACUGUUCAUGCAUGUUUGUUGAAAUGCAACAUGGCAACGGACGCUGCCAUUGCUACUGCACUUCUAAACAUGUAUGCGAAGAGCGGAGAAUUAUCAAGUGCAAAGAAGAUUUUUAAUAGGUUGCAAAAGAAAGAUGUGGUGGUGUGGACUAGCAUGAUUAAUGGAUUAGCACUGCAUGGUUAUGGAAAUGAAGCGUUAAGCAUCUUCCAAAGAAUGCUAGAGGAUAGUACAUUAGUCCCUGACCAUAUCACUUAUGUUGGAGUUUUAUUUGCAUGUAGCCAUAUGGGAUUGAUUGAAGAGGCUCAAACACAUUUUAAUUCAAUGACAAAGGUUUAUGGCAUAUUGCCUGAAAGAGAGCAUUAUGGUUGUAUGGUUGAUCUUUUGAGUCGAGCAGGGCAUUUCGGAGAGGUACAAAGGUUAAUUGAGACAAUGUCAAUAAAACCAAAUAUUCCCAUAUGGGGCUCCCUCUUAAAUGGCUGCUGCAUGCAUGGAAACAUCGUUGUUGCUAAUCAAGUGAAAGGACACCUGAGAGAGCUUGAACCAGGUAAAAGUGGAGUUCAUAUUCUUUUAUCUAAUAUUUAUUCUAUGGCCGGUAGAUUGGAGGAGGUACAUUUGACUAGAAAAUUGAUGAAGCAUAAAAAGAUUACCAAGACUGUUGGCCAUAGCUCAGUUGAAGUAAAGCUACUAACUUCAUGACCAUCUGAAGAUUAGUUUAAUCUAUAUAAUGCUUUCAGCUCUUA